CAGCCAAUGGGAGCUGGCCACAAGGUAUAUAGGGGCAGCUCCCCUGCUGUUGUCCUGGGUCACCUGUUGCACUGGAGUAGAGGAGUCCCCGUUGUUCUGCUGAUCAGGACUCGCCCCCGCCCGCCAUCAUGCCGUUUGGGAACACCCACAACAAGUACAAGCUGAACUUCUCCGCGGAGGAGGAGUUUCCUGACCUCACCAAGCACAAUAACCACAUGGCCAAGGCCCUCACCCUGGACAUCUACAAGAAGCUGCGGGACAAGGAGACCCCCAGCGGCUUCACCCUGGAUGACGUCAUCCAGACCGGGGUAGACAACCCAGGGCACCCCUUCAUCAUGACGGUGGGCUGCGUGGCCGGGGACGAGGAGUCUUACAUUGUCUUCAAGGACCUGUUUGACCCCAUCAUCCAGGACCGGCACGGUGGCUACAAGCCCACGGACAAGCAUAAGACCGACCUGAACCACGAGAACCUGAAGGGCGGAGACGACCUGGAUCCCAACUAUGUGCUGAGCAGCCGGGUGCGCACUGGGCGCAGCAUCAAGGGGUACACGCUGCCCCCCCACUGCAGCCGCGGGGAGCGCCGCGCCAUCGAGAAGCUCUCUGUCACUGCCCUGAACAGCCUGACCGGGGAGUUCAAGGGCAAGUACUACCCCCUGAAGGACAUGAGCGACCAGGAGCAGCAACAGCUGAUAGAUGACCACUUCCUGUUCGACAAACCCGUCUCGCCCCUGCUGCUGGCCUCAGGCAUGGCCCGCGACUGGCCCGAUGCCAGGGGCAUAUGGCACAAUGACAACAAGAGCUUCCUGGUGUGGGUGAACGAGGAGGACCAUCUGCGCGUCAUCUCCAUGGAGAAGGGCGGCAACAUGAAGGAGGUGUUCCGGCGCUUCUGUGUCGGGCUGCAGAAGGUGAGCGCCCUCUGUGAUGUGGGGGGGCUGGAAACGUGCUGGGCCAUCGCUGCUGCCUGGGGUCUCCAGGGGCCUGGCAGCUGUGGGUAGAGACGCCAAGCUAGCAUGGUGGGGCCAGGAGGCUGGUGGGGCUGCUCCGCUGCAGUGGGGUCUGGGCUCAGCUGCAUGGCGCUGUGCCCCCCAGGUGGCGUGGACACCGAGGCCGUUGGUGCCGUGUUCGACGUCUCCAACGCCGACCGGCUGGGCUUCUCCGAGGUGGAGCAGGUGCAGAUGGUGGUGGACGGCGUCAAGCUCAUGAUAGAGAUGGAGAAGAAGCUGGAAAAGGGCCAGGCCAUUGACGACAUGGUCCCAGCCCAGAAGUAGGCGCCUGCCCCCUGCCAGCGGGCACGUGUGACCUAAUAAAGUAACGGUGGCCACCCAA